CUAUCAAUACUUGUCGACUUUUUCAAAACUCAACACCCCCCCCCCCCCAACUCUCUUACUUUCGUCCCUGGGCACACAGUCAACAAUAACGAUCGAAGAUAAAUGUCAGUCUCAUUAACAGAAAGAGAUCUAAUCAAACAUGGUAAUGCUUCGAUGCGUUUGUUCAAUGCCAAUUAUUCCACAAACACAGCACAAUCCACCUCAACUUUAGAUACGUUCGCAAAAAAAUCGCAUCAACAUCGCAGAAUCCAGUUAAAUUAUUCGCGAGCUUUUUCAUAUAUCCACAAGCGCUAUACUUUGUACUACACAACUAAGUAUACGAUGAUUGAACGUUCAUUACGGUAAUGAAAGAAGAUCGCGCCCGAGUUUCCGAACAAUGGAACCCGAGUUACCUUUCGCUUUGAGAGAAAAAGCAUUUUUAGAGUUGAACGAAACGUCGGAAAAUUUACAAGAUGGAAUAGCCAAAUUACGGAAAUUAAUACAGAAUGAGCCGAAUCUACGUUGCAAAACGGAUACGCAAUUUCUGCUGAAAUUUUUAAGAGCCAGGAAAUUCGACACGGAUCGCGCUUUUCAGUUGCUCAAACAAUACUUCACUGUGCGGAAAAAUAAUCCAGCUCUAUUUUCGGAUUUACUACCAUCAAAACACUCGAAAUUAUUGGAUAUGGGAGCUCAAGCUGUUUUAAACGAACGAGACGCGAACGGUUCGAAAAUCUACGUUUUUCGAUUAAAAAACUGUGAUAUGACAGCGAUCACCGUCGAAGACAUAUUCAAAACAAAUUUAAUAGCAUUGGAGAUCCUAUCGUUGGAACCUGAGACUCAAAUUGCAGGAAUGACAGCUCUAAUCGACUUGAACGGAUUCACUGUCAAACAGCACUUGAAAUUACUCUCACCUUACAUCGCCAAAUGGUCUAUAAAUCUAAUUCAAGAAUCGUUUCCUUUGCGUUUCUGCGCCUUUCACGUUAUUAACCAACCGAUUUAUUUUGAUGCGAUUUUCGCCACCAUAAAACCAUUCAUGAAGAGAAAAUUGAAAAAACGGAUCCAUUUUCAUGGAGCUAACAUGACAUCACUCUAUGAAAAUUUCAAUAAGGAUCUUUUACCAGUAGAAUACGGAGGUAAUCAGAUACUCGAUACGUCUGCUUGGAAAAAUCGGCUUUUAUCCAAAGAAAGCAUGUUUAAAGAAAUGGAAGAAUAUGGAUACAAAAUGGAUUCGUAAUUAAUACUCGCAGGCAUCAAGACAAUACAAAUGCAGAAUUAUACAAUAAUUCUAAUUAUAGUUAAUGGUUCCAAUACACGACGAUGACAAAUUUUCUCCAGCAAGCAAACAUUAUGAAUAAAUGUACCUACUUAGUACUUAGCCUAUGUUCAUCUGAUUACGAAAAUAUAAUUUGCAUCGAUUU